AUGGGACCUCGUGAUCACUCCAUUGCCUCGGAGCUCAGAGAAACGUGUUCGAUUACAGUGUACGAUGCAUCGGUGAAGGCACCAUGGGGCGUACUGUCUGGGUCGAACCACCAGCUGGGCCACUUCGACCAAUGCCUGUCUGUCAGCUGGCACGACCUGCGCGGCCAGUACUGCCUGCCUAGCAUCAAGCUGAAGCCACUGCAGCCGCAGCCGCUACCGCGGGAUGUCCACAGCAGUGAGUUCCACCAACAACAGUCAGCCUGGCUCAAGAUACAGUUUGCAGGAGACCCAACCAAGCGGCAUCGGGAUGUGGUGCGGUGGGCACUGUGUGUGCCUGCCUCCUGCUCGCCACGGCAGGUGGAGGCAGCACUGGGAGCAGCACUGCUUCAGGCCGGGCGGCAGCUGGGAGUGCAGCUGACAGCUGAGCUCCAAACAGAAUACUGCACAGUGCAUGAACAGCAGAAUGGGCUGCCCACAUCCACCAUCCUCUACCUGUCCUGUGCAGCAGCACUUAUCAUACUGGUCAUAGUUGCCACAGUGUAUGACGUUACUGUCUGCAAGGAAGAUGUUAACAAAAAUGAGAAACACAAAGGGGUACUCCAUAAGGCUAUGAUACUUUUCUCAGCUCAGAACAAUAUGAGGAAACUACUACAUGUAGAAAAAAGAAAAAGUCUUCAAGGCUACUCUCCACUACAUGUAUUUUUAACUUUUUGUGUUGUGUCAGUACAUCGUUACAUGGACUGUUAUAGAUAUCCAAUAUACAAUGGAGAGUUCAUUGACAUGGCACUACAUACUCCUUAUUUUUAUGUCUUGAGCUAUGGAACUGUUCAUAUUAAUUCAUUUUUUGCCAGAAGUGGAUUUCAUUUGGCAUAUUGCCUUUCAGAAGAGUUUGAAAAAUCUGUAGAAGCAAGGAAAAUACUUUUAUCCAUAAUAAACAGAUACUUAAGGUUAACUCCACUGUAUUUCAUGGUUAUAUUAUUCUACAUUUAUGUGCUGCCUUAUUUGGGUUCUGGUCCUUUAUGGAAGACAACAGUUAUCCAAGAGAAAGAAAACUGUGAAAAAUACUGGUGGGCUAAUAUCCUCUACAUUAACAACUAUGUUGGUGCUAAAAAUAUGUGCAUCUUGCCAACUUGGUAUUUGUCUGUAGACUUCCAGUUACAAAUACUAGGAGCUAUUCUUAUCUACAUGAAAUGGCGUUUACCAAAGAGGGGAUGGGUAGUGACUGGAGUUGUACUGGUACUCUCAGUUGUUAUGAGUUUCUCAGUGCUUUGCCAGAAGCAAACAGAUAUGUUCUUCACAUAUACUAAAGAAUUUCAUACAGAUAUAAGGACAGACCAAGUGUUUCAAGAGGUUUAUAUAUCUACACUGGGCAGAGUACCUGCUUGUUUCAUUGGUAUUGUUGGUGGCCUAAUUGUGUAUAAUCAGAGAGCUGCAUCUUUCAGACUAUCAAAGGUUUCUGGACCAUCUGUUUUCAUUGGAGUUUUCUAUGGCUGUGAAUGA